UCGAGAGUGAACCUGCUUGCAUGGCGUGGUUUGGAUUGCAGACGUUCAUGUCAUUUUGCCUCGUGGGCUUUGUAUCAGUGAUGUUGUUAAUGCACCCACCUUCUGUGGAUGCAGAAACACCUGGACCUGCAAGUUCUCCAAAGCAAAAUAACUCCUGCAUGGGCAACUAUGAAUGUAAGGAGGGAGUUAUUUUGCCAAUAUGGUACCCAGAAGAUCCAUCCCUUGGAGAUAAAAUUGCUAGAGUUAUUGUUUACUUUGUGGCAAUGAUCUACAUGUUUUUGGGAGUUUCCAUUGUAGCAGACCGCUUUAUGGCAUCUAUAGAAGUGAUUACCUCGCAAGAGAAAGAAAUUACCAUCAACAAACCCAAUGGAGAGACAAACACGACUGUGGUACGAGUUUGGAAUGACACUGUGUCCAACUUAACGCUUAUGGCUUUGGGGUCAUCCGCUCCAGAAAUCAUGCUCUCACUCGUUGAAGUUUGUGGCCAUGGGUUUAAAUCUGGUGAGCUUGGUCCUGGUACCAUUGUGGGCAGUGCAGCUUUUAAUAUGUUUGUCAUUAUUGCCAUCUGCGUAUAUUCCAUUCCCGAUGGCGAGACCAGGAAGAUCAAGCACCUGCGUGUUUUUUUUGUCACAGCUGCUUGGAGCAUUUUUGCCUACAUCUGGCUGUACAUGAUCCUUGCCGUCUUUUCACCCGGCAUCGUACAGGUGUGGGAAGGGCUGGUCACCUUUUUGUUCUUCCCCAUCUGCGUCACACUCGCCUGGAUCGCUGACCGCAGACUCCUUUUCUACAAGUAUGUGCAGAAGAAGUAUCGCACCAACAAGAACCGGGGCCUCAUCAUCGAGACCGAAGGUGAACACCCCAAAGGCAUUGAGAUGGACGGCAAGCUGGUGAACUCCCACUUCGUGGAUGGGACAUUGACGGCCUUGGAAGGGAAAGAAGUGGAUGAAUCCCGCAAAGAGAUGAUCCGCAUCCUCAAAGACCUGAAGCAAAAACAUCCUGAGAAGGAACUCGAUCAGCUGGUAGAAAUGGCGAACUACUACGCUCUUUCCCACCAGCAGAAAAGCAGGGCCUUCUAUCGCAUCCAAGCCACCAGGAUGAUGACUGGCGCAGGCAAUAUCCUGAAGAAGCACGUGUCCGAGCAAGCCAAAAGAAGCAAUAGCAUCCUUGAGGUGAGACUGGACACUCCUGAAGAUCUUUGCUCCCGCAUUUUCUUCGAGCCAUCUGCUUACCAGUGCCUGGAGAACUGCGGUGCGGUGUCACUGACCGUGGUCCGCAAAGGCGGGGACAUCUCCAACACGGUGACUGUGGACUACAAGACCGAGGACGGCUCAGCCAACGCUGGUGCCGAUUAUGAGUUUAGCGAAGGGACCCUGGUCUUCAAGGCAGGUGAAACACAGAAAGAAAUCACAGUUGGCAUCAUCGAUGAUGACAUCUUUGAGGAAGAUGAGCAUUUCUUUGUGCGGCUUAACAACCUCAGAGUGAUGGAAUUAGAAGAUGCGCUGGAGCCAAACAGUGUGCCGUACCCGAAAGCUUUGAUUGUUUCCCCACUUGUUGCCACUGUGACUAUUCUAGAUGAUGACCACGCAGGUAUCUUUACAUUUGAGUGUGACGUUGUCCACGUCAGUGAGAGUAUCGGAGUGAUGGAAGUGAAAGUGCUGAGAACAUCUGGGGCACGUGGGACAGUCAUCGUUCCCUAUCGGACGAUAGAAGGAACGGCAAAAGGGGGCGGCGAGGACUUUGAAGACACAUAUGGGGAGCUGGAGUUUAAAAACGAUGAGACUCUCAAAAGAGCUCAGAUCAAAAUAAUUGAUGAUGAGGAGUAUGAGAAAAACAAGAAUUUCUUCAUUGAGCUGAAGGAGCCACGCAUGGUGGAUAUGAGUUCACAGAAAGCUCUCUUGUUGGCACAGCCGGAGGAUGCUAACCGUAAACUGACAAUUGAGGAGGAGGAAGCAAAACGCAUUGCAGAAAUGGGGAAACCCAUUUUGGGUGAACAUCCAAAAUUGGAGGUCAUCAUUGAAGAAUCUUACGAAUUUAAGAGCACAGUGGAUAAGCUCAUAAAGAAGACGAACCUUGCACUCGUGGUCGGGACACAUUCCUGGCGGGAUCAGUUCAUGGAGGCCAUCACAGUCAGUGCAGGUGAUGAAGAAGAUGAAGAUACAGGGGAGGAGAGGCUGCCUUCAUGCUUUGACUACGUGAUGCACUUCCUGACCGUCUUCUGGAAGGUUCUGUUUGCCUGCGUACCGCCCACUGAAUAUUGGAAUGGAUGGGCCUGCUUCGUAACGUCCAUUCUCAUCAUUGGCAUCCUGACAGCCAUCAUUGGAGAUCUGGCCUCUCACUUCGGUUGCACCAUCGGCCUGAAAGAUUCCGUCACUGCUGUGGUAUUUGUAGCUCUUGGCACCUCAGUACCUGAUACCUUUGCCAGCAAAGUGGCAGCCUCACAGGACUACUAUGCAGAUGCCUCCAUCGGGAACGUCACUGGAAGCAAUGCGGUCAAUGUUUUCCUGGGCAUUGGAUUGGCAUGGUCUGUUGCUGCCAUCUACUGGGCAUCCCAGGGCAAGGAGUUCCAAGUGGAAGCAGGCACCCUGGCCUUUUCUGUCACUCUCUUCACCAUCUUUGCUUUUGUCAGCGUGAGCAUCCUGCUGUACAGAAGGCGGCCGCACAUCGGGGGAGAGCUUGGGGGUCCGCGGGGACCCCGCAUCGUCACUGCCGCCUUAUUUGGUGGAUUGUGGUUACUAUACAUUCUGUUCUCUUGUUUGGAAGCCUACUGCUAUAUAAAGGGGUUCUAAAGCAAAGGGGACUUUGUGCUACCCCCAAAGAGACACAUCACUUGAAUCUCUUCGAACACAAUGCAAUACUUGCCAACAAUAUUCCACUCUUAAAAGGAACACUGGAGAUGGUCCCAUUGAAGAGGGCAGCACAUGUCCCACAAUUAAAUAAAAACAUGACAUUUUGUAGAGGACAGUCCUGUGUCUUCAUCAGUCGCU